AAUGCCAAUGCUAAGUUAUGCAACACUGCAACCAGAUUACAAAAAAACUCUAAGUCUCAUACCUUUUGGAGUUUGUCGCAAAUUUUCUGUUAGUACGGAUGCCAUCUUAUUCUUCGAUUGAUCAGGCAGUGUGCAAAAAAUAUGGCCGACUUCCGUUUUCCGGUUUCUAGAAUCAGCAGAAAGAAUAUAAGCAUAUCUCAGAAAGUAUACAGGUAUGAUAUCUGGAAUUUUCCUGAGCGUAUCUAUGUACAUAACUUGGAAACACCAUCUUUAGAUCUCUGCUAUUUAGAGAAGCAGAAUCAACGACAACGAUUUCUUCGAAACUACAUGGAAAAACAGACUUUUCAUAUUCCCAGCUUUGGUGAUGAUGAAUUUGACUUUCAAUCGACAUUUCCACAGCAUGAUGACUCCCAGCAUUCAACAUUUACACAACAGCCUGAUGACUCCCAGCAUUCCUCUGAUACACACAAUCAGCACCCAGCAGUAACCAGGACAUCUAAUCACCAGAAUAUCUUUACAACAUUUACCAGGAACUCUGGGAUUGGAAACGAUCUCAACAACAGACUAGUUGACAAUUCUACCAGUUUAAACAACGGACUAAUUAAUAAUUCUAAUAGUUUAAACAACAAUAGACUUUCCCAUCCCCCACCUAGUGAUAGUUUUAGACACAGCCAACAGGUAGCGCCAUCUGUUCCAAGAUUGUCUCAUCCACCUGUCAGCCAAUCAGAUUACUCACUAAAUUCAGCCCUAAACUCUCUUGAUAAUCUAAAUCCUCUGUUUCCUCCACAAAACAUUAACAUCCCUGAUAUAAGCGUCUCGAAUAGUGUUGACCAAUUGCAUAGUGGGAACAGCCUCCAUACGUCCUUUAACCAGGAGUUUAUUGACAGAGACAUCUAUAACGCAUAUUCUAGUGUGACAUCACAAGGCAGAUCACCAUACCCAACACACAAUCCUAGCAGGGUUCAACAUUCUAAUCACCCUCUAGGUCUGCAGCAUCACCCAUUGAAUCGACCAAUCAUGGAGCAGGAGGGAUCCCCGAUGAACUCAAGCCUGACGCCAUCUCCUCUCGGCAGCAAUAGCGACAGUGAUGACAUGCCCCUUGCCCAGCUGGCAGGAGCUAAGCGUGGGGCUCCAAAGGGUGGCAAGAAGGGGAGCAAGGCAGCCAAGAAGCGCAAGAAGAAGGAUCCCAAUGAGCCUCAAAAGCCUGUGAGUGCUUAUGCAUUAUUCUUUCGAGACACCCAGGCUGCCAUAAAAGGCAGUAAUCCUAAUGCCAACUUUGGUGAAAUAUCAAAGAUUGUAGCGUCCAUGUGGGACAGCCUCGACCCAGAGCAGAAAGGGGCUUAUAAAAAGAGAACAGAGGUUGCAAAGAAAGAUUACCUGAAACAGCUUGCGGCGUAUAGAGCAAGUCUAGUCUCAAAGCAGGGCGUAAUUGAGGAACACCCUGCGGAAACAAACUCCCCGGUGAAACCUGUCCCCAUGGUCUCAAUCCUGCCAUCCCCUGUCAAGAUGGAUACCAUGAGCAACCCCACCCAAACCAUGACACACCCGAUACAAAAAGGAAUGGCCAUGGAGAGGGAGCCUAUAUUAAUGUCCAUGCCACAACCUGAUUCUUAUCAGAAUAAUACUGAUGUCUCCCAGGGGGCAUAUCAAGCUCAAGCUCCUCCCACUCAACAACUGACCCAGAUUGCCCCUAAGCCCCUCCCACAAUUGACUGACGUAUCACAUAUGCAGGAUACAGAGCUUCAGGACCAGCUUGCUCAGUUAGACAACUUCUCUCUCCAGCAUUGUAUGAGGAAUGGUUGUGGCAACCAAGCUGUAGAACAAAUAGGAUGGGAUCAGGAAUACUGUAGCAAUGACUGUGUCGUAUCACACUGUAGGGACGUGUUCACAGCCUGGAUAUCUGCAAGAGGGACAUCAUAUGCUUCCGUCAAAUAACCACAGCUCUAACGCCACCUAGUGGUGAAACAAAAGAAAGACACUUGCUACAUAUUUUACAGAAUAUUGCAAUUAAAUUAUUUUUAUAAUAAUAUGGGUUGACGGUUAUUUUGAAGAAGUGAACAACUGGAUAUUUUUUAAGUUACAGCUAGAGGCCAGUUGUGAAGUAUAAAUAAAGUAUUAUUAAUUUGUGCUUUGAGCUAUUUAUCUGUGAGCAGGCUUGCACACAAGCAAGAUUGGGCAUACAUAUCUGUAUAUAAACUCCAUAGGCACUAAAGCUAAAGCCUAAAAAUGCCAAUACUGUUUUAACUUGUAUGCAACACUAAGCAAUGUGUUGCAGGUUUGAGUAGUCUAGUGCACAGGCUCAUUGUUCCAUGAUCAUUUAAUUCUAUUAUUUCAUAUUACUUCAAUUAACAGUCUCUUUAGCUUGAUUGCAGUUUCAAAUUCAUGAACCUAUACAGUACAGUAUGGCACAUUACAGUGCAGAUCAGGGCAGUAGUUUGAUAUGGCUUCAAGCUUUUACUUGUCCAUUUGUUUUUUACACAGAACAAUGAUACUGUACAAGCUUUCCUGUUUCUGUGCACUAGACUGUCAGCCUACUAAGUUUACUAUUCCCUUUGUCUCUUUAUAUAGAGAGAGACAGUGAUCUAAUGGUUGUGUAUUUCCAGUUGAAUGACCGGUGUGAACUGGAGACAU